AUGCCGGCGAAUUCAGUGGAACUCACUUCUCUCAACAUAACUGAUUCACACGAAACCUGCCAUAAUGGUUUCGAUUAUUCGUCAUGUGAAAAAACCUUUAAAUCAGAUGCAAAUAUUAGCAGUGAGGAUAAGGAGACGAAAGGCGAGGAUACGUUAACAGAUUUUCAAGGAUUCAUGCUCCUCAUACCAUCGUACAUCGGUGUUGGUUUCCUUGGGCUUCCUUACAUUGUUAAGAUAUUGGGUCUGUGGGGUGGGAGUACUGGACUUUUUUUCUAUGGAAUGUUGAACGAAGUGGCAUCUUUGAUUCUAGUAGAAUGCACCAAGCGUCUGUCAGAAAGAUUUUUUAUUGACUUUAGUAUAUUCAUGACUUAUGCUCUGGUUAUGCCUGAUUUGAUAUCACUCAUGAAUCUAUUUGGGAAAGAUAUUCUUCGUCAGUACGUCGAUAUUAAUGACAAUGUUUCUAUCGUAGCCAUUUCGGUGCUGCUAUUGCCUAUCUACCUGACACGACGGAUGAAACUUCUUUCAUUUGUGGCGACAGCUGGCAAUAUUGUGCUCAUUUUGCCAGUAAGAGACAAAAUGAAGACUAAGAAAAACUUUGACGGCUGGAAUGGUGUUUUAGGACUUGUACUGGUGAUUGUGACCUGUUUCCAUGCUUUUUGUGGUUUUUACGGAUAUCUGAAAUUCGGAGAGAUGACCAAAGUUAAUUAUCUGUUGAACCUUCCAGGAGACAAAUGUUUCUUUAAAGAACUAUGGAUUUGA